CCUGCGAUUUGCAAAUUCAUCAUCUUCUUGGGGCGACAGCGGAGAGCCAGCAAGCAUGACCUCCUCCGCCACCACCACCACCACCACUCCGUCUCCCAAACGCCUCUUAUUCGACCGUCGCUACGGCUGGGUGUUGGACGAAUGGAAAGAGCCAUCCCAAGAAGCCUUAUCUGGUGGCCGUGGAAUGUUCUGCAUUGUGCCCCUAGCAAAAGCAGUGGUUGAGAAGGCAUCAGAAUCGAUAAACUUUGUUGCAACCUCUACAUUGAAUGUCCUAGAAAGACCAGAUUUGCUCUCACCGAAAGUUGUUCAAGCUGCUCUCAGUGAUCAAAUGCAUAAACUUGCAUCUUCAGUAAAGAAUGCAAAACUAGUCUUGAUGGCAUCCAAAAGAAAUAUAGAGAGGGCAACUUCUUGCUCAUUGGAACUUCCUGAAGACAACAGCAAAUCACAUACAAAAUGAUUUUGACAUGUAGACUGAUUUAGUCUUUGAUAAACUCAAAGUGUGUUUAUAUUGGAUGUUACUAACAUAAUAUUAUCAUCUUCUAGUGUUCGUUCUA